AAGUAUACUCACAGUUUCCUAGUGCAAUAAAUAGUUUUCUUUAACAUAUAACGUAUAAAUAGGCCAACUGAAAACAAGAAAUAGCCUGUUUUAAACUUCCACCAGGCAUGAGGUAUUUUUGUAAACUGCUGGUAUAAAGUUUUAAAACUUACUGUAAUUUUAAUUUUUCCGUUAUUUCUUAAUAUCAUGGUAGCAUCGAAGCACACUAUUGUGACUCCAGUAUUGUCGGAGUUACCACCAUUACGGCCAAAAGAUGCCUCAAUCUUUUCUUUCUGUAGCGAGAAUUAUUUUCCCGCUGUGGUAUUUACAAACUCGAACAUGCAUGUGUAAGUUUCUUCCCCAGUUUUUGUUGUUUUAGUUAACAAGGUCAUGUAACUACAUGCGUUAUUAUGUUAGUCAGAAGGACGGAGCCUUUGAGACGUCUUGAACGCAGCAAAAGAAUCACAUAUGUGGGCGCGCGCGUGUGAGGUUGUGAUGGGGCGGGAGGGGUACGGUGCAACUGGCAAGAAAUUUCAGGUCUAAGAAUAUAAUUCUCACACUGCAACAAUCAGUUAUGUGGCUUCAAACUAGCCUCAAGGGACCACAGAUACGAGGGUACUAUACCACGCUUUUGAAUAUCCACCCCCAACACCAGGAGACUGACAAACUGUACUCACGAGCCAUUUCGACUUCGUUAUAUCUGUGCUUGAGGGGGCGUGGUCAUUCCCAUCGGACUCGGCCAAUGGCGUCGCACUGGAAGGAGCUGGGCGUUCCAUUCGGUUAGGAGCAGAAGUUGAACAGCGCGAGCCGAGACAGAGCUCUAGAAAGGCAGAUAGGGAGAGGGCAGAGGCAACGGCCCUCUACUGGAGGGGGGGCUUAUUAUAACAAAUAUAUACACACAUGUGUGAACUGUUGGGCUGCACGAUAGGUCAUAUGUGGAUAAUAGUUAUUUUAGAAAAGCAUAUAACUGCGGCUUUACAUUUAAAAUGCCUAUUUUACUUUUCCUGUUAGACACGUCCGCCUCUAUGAAUCAGCGCACUUAUUUGGGUACGACGUAUCUGGACGUUGCUAAAGGCGCGGUUGAGGUCUUUAUGAAGCUGCGUGCCCGAGACCCGGCUAGUAGAGGCGACAGGUACAUGCUAGUUACAUUCGAUGAUCCACCAUACGGAGUGAAGGCCGGCUGGAAGGAGAACCAUGCCACCUUCAUGUGCGAGCUGAAGAAUCUGCAGGCGUCCGGCCUCACAACAUUAGGACACGCUCUUCGCACCGCCUUCGACCUGCUUAACCUCAACCGCCUCGUCUCGGGAAUCGACAACUACGGGCAGGGCCGCAACCCAUUCUUCCUCGAGCCAUCUGUGAUCAUCACCAUCACUGAUGGGAACAAGCUCACGCACAGCUCGGGAGUGCCAGAUGAGCUGCACCUGCCUCUGAAUUCUCCCUUGGCUGGCAGCGAGCUGACCAAAGAGCCUUUUCGCUGGGACCAGCGUCUGUUUGCACUGGUACUGAGGCUGCCAGGAGCAGCUACACCAGAUAAUGAGCAACUUGGUAGCGUCCCCACGGAUGAGUCUGCUAUCACCCAGAUGUGUGAAGUUACUGGAGGGCGAUCAUACUGUGUGCGAACACAGAGGAUGUUGAACCAGUGUCUGGAGUCUCUGGUCCAAAAGGUUCAAAGCGGUGUUGUCAUUAAUUUUGAAAAGACCGGGCCAGAUCCGCCUCCAGUUGGGGAAGAUAACUCUGUGGACUCAAGUCGGCCCGUGUCAUCCUUCAGCCCACAGCCAUGGCACAGCUGCCACAAACUCAUCUAUGUGCGACCAAACCCAAAGACUGGGGUGCCAGUCGGGCAUUGGCCCAUACCAGAGUCCUUCUGGCCGGACCAGAACUCUCCAACCCUACCACCUCGCACUGCUCACCCCGUGGUGCGUUUCUCUUGCGUGGACUGUGAACCCAUGGUGAUCGACAAGCUUCCCUUCGACAAGUAUGAACUGGAGCCCUCUCCGCUCACCCAGUACAUCCUGGAAAGGAAGUCCCCACACAUGUGCUGGCAGGUGUUUGUCAGCAGCAGCGGGAAGCAGAAUGACCUGGGGCAUCCUUUUGGCUACCUUAAAGCCAGCACCACUCUCACCUGUGUUAAUCUGUUUGUUAUGCCGUACAACUACCCAGUCCUUCUCCCACUCCUCGAUGAUUUUUUCAAAGUGCACAAACUAAAACCAAACCUUAAGUGGCGACAGGCCUUUGAGAUGUACCUGAAGACGAUGCCUCCAUACUACCUCCUGCCCUUGAAAAAGGCACUGAGGAUGAUGGGUGCACCUAACCUCAUCGCGGACACCAUGGACUGCGGACUGAGUUACAGCGUCAUUUCUUACCUGAAGAAGCUCAGCCAGCAGGCAAAAAUGGAGUCGGAUCGUCUGAUUGUGUCGGUGGGGAAAAAGGCUCCUCAGGAAACCGGCAUAAAGGUGAAGAACCACUCCAGCUCGCUUUCUCUAGCCCACCGGCGAGACUUUAAGCAGCUGCUGCAGGGAAUCACGGGGGAGGGGCCCCUUCGCCUGGCGGACAUUAAUUUCAAAGAGUUUGCCGGUUUCCAGAUCGUCCUGCUCAACAAGGAUGUAAAGCCUCAAGCUUAUCGGAAUGCCUACGACAUCCCAAGACGGAACCUCCUGGAUCAGCUCACACGAAUGCGCUCCAAUUUGCUGCGGACGUCACUAAAACUGAUCCGAGGGCAAGAUGAAGAUUCCCUGCACAGUAUUCCAGUGGCUCAGAUGGGAAACUAUCAGGAGUACCUAAAAAUGAUGCCGUCUCCUUUGAGAGAGAUCGACCCCGAUCAACCUAAACGGCUGCACACAUUUGGGAAUCCUUUCAAGCAGGAUAAGAAGGGGAUGAUGAUCGAUGAGGCGGAUGAGUUUGUAGCAGGCCCUCAAAAUAAGAAGAGAGGAAAUUCCAGUGACUCCAAUUCGGGAGCUACUGUGAAGAGAAGGCGGAGCAUGUCACCGUUGCUGCGGCGGCCGCAGACACCAUCAGGGAACACCAACCAUGUGGUGAUUGGGAAGAACCUAGCAGGGAUUCAGGGGCAGCAGAACCUCCUCAAACCAGUUCCACAGCACAAAGGAGUGGAUAGCAGCAACAUGGUGGUCACAGAGAGUAACGGCGACAGCGCUCUCGGGCUCGACUCUGGGGAAAUCUGGCCUGCAGAGAUGGAAACUGAGGCAGGGAAUCCAUCUUCACCGAGUUUAGAGGAGAAAGUUGGGACAGGAGCAGCAGUUCGCGGGGAGGACCUCGGUACGAUGGAGGAGAGGCUGGUGGAAGAUCAUCUAAAUGAGCAGCCGCUGGAGGAGAAGCACAACUGUGAUCGCCUGAGUCCACAGAGCCAGCUGGAUGGCGCUGACGCUGAGCCGGCAGUGCCUGAGAUCAUUUUCAUAGCUCCACUAGACGGCAACCUGGCAGAGCUGCGGACACGGGUCAUCAAGGAGGUCCGCAAACCUGGACGAAACUAUGAUGCAAUACUCAGACUACUGCAGCAGGUGAAAGGCCCGCCAAACGUACAGCGGUACUUCAUCCAGCACGCCAUCAAAGAAGCAAUGAGGUUCAAGAAGCGAGUACUGAUCCAGCAGCUGGAGAACGCCCUCGCGGAGCUGGAGGGGAAGCAAACAACACCACAGCUUCCCAAUGACCAUGGCAGAUGAACCUGGCAUCAGCGCUCCUCCUGAGUUCUCCUUGUUUUUACAACAGAUGUACACUACUUUUUAAUGUUCAUAGGGAAUAGAGAUUAUUUUUGUGAAAUUGCUUAUUUCAGAGUCUAAGAAAUAUUUUGAAAGACAAAUGUUCAAAGCCAUUUUUGUAAACUGUUAAAAUACAUAUACAAAGUGGAAAGUUUUAUGAACCUACUUCUUUUUUUAUCAAAACAAAAAAUUAAAAAAAAUGAUAACAAAUUAA